GUGCGCUCACCCGCGCAGGCCCCGCCCCCUCGCCGGCACAACGUUCUGCGGGGGCGCGCGCGUGCUCUCUAAUCCCCCGCCUUCCGGCUCCGGCAGCGACGCUCGUCUCUCUCCGCUCGUCCCUCGCCGCUGCCGGGCCACCAGUGCCAGCCUGCCUCAGGAGACUCCAUUUGCGCUUAGUGUGGUCUGGGCGCCGCGCAGGCGGUCCCAGGGCGAUGCCCGGGGCCGGCGGACUGGCGUUCCCUGUGCCAAGCGGCCGCCCACUGGCUGGCUGGCUGCAGCAGUGACAUCCUGGUCGCCGGCGUCCAGGCGGAAUCCGGGCUCCCUCCGCGGGAGGAAAGACGUCCCGCGCUCUGAAGCUCGCCCAGCGGGGAGAGGCCCUCGCUAACACGGCUUCUCUCUGACCUCUUAAUUUCAGGAGGUUUCGGAGCCUCCGAGUAUCUAUACAGCCCCCACAGGAACUCCUUCUGUUGGUCCAUCGAGGAUCGUCUUUCACCAGGAUUAUUGUAACAUCAUCUUCACCGAGCCUGCCACCCCAUAGCCUCUACCUUGGGUCCUCAUUUCCACCGAUGCAGUUUUUUUGAUGCUUUCUUUAGUAAUGUGACAUCACAUGUCCACUAUCCUCCUUUCCAGCUGCCAAAUCUAGUAGGUUUAAGUCGCUUUUAAAGUAGAGAGUUUUCUGCCUGUUCCACUUUCACCUUAUUUGCACUGUUCACUUCUGUCCGGGUCAUCUUCUCUUGCGUAUGAUUUCCACAAGCACUCACUUGCGCAACCUAUAGCAGAGUCCGUGCCUAGAGAGACAGCAUUCCAUACAAUCCACUGCUUGACAAAGACCACAUAGUCAGAGAGUGCGUUUUCCCAUUGUAUUUUCCUGUAUGUCAAGUUUGCAAGUCCUCUCUUGACUUAAACUGUUUACUCCCUAGCACAUUUCCUAAAAUACUUCCACCUGAGAUUUAGUGGCUAUUCUGGCAAAGAACAUUACCUGCAAGGAUGGCAAGAAUUGAGUAUGCAGUAGUACUGUUUUAGAAGCCUUACCAGUACAGUUUCUAGCCUCUAGUGUGAUUGCACUUCAUGAAAGACCCUGAACCCUGAGGAGAAAGAAAGAUAGAAGAUAAGAGUUAAUUGGCGCUAGGCUUUGUUGUAGGAAGUUUGUAAGUUUUAAAAUAGCAAGUAGAUUCACGUAGACCUUGUCAGGAAAUUGGUCACUAUCCAUCUAGGCCCUAGAAGUGAGAGGAGGAAUCUUACGAACUCAUUUUCUAGUUCCUUUGUAUUCAAAUCUUAGUUGUUAAUUAUCUUGUUCUAGUAAUCACCUAAAAUAUUAGACACUUAAAAUGUUGGGGAAACGUAAGCGUGUGGUGUUGACAAUUAAGGACAAGCUUGACAUUAUUAAGAAACUUGAGGAAGGCAUCUCUUUCAAAAAACUUUCUGUGGUGUACGGAAUUGGUGAAUCCACAGUUCGUGAUAUUAAAAAGAACAAAGAAAGGAUUAUAAACUAUGCAAACAGUUCAGAUCCUACCAGUGGAGUAUCCAAACGUAAAUCUAUGAAGUCAUCAACAUACGAGGAGCUUGAUAGAGUUAUGAUAGAGUGGUUUAACCAACAGAAAACCGAUGGGAUUCCAGUGUCCGGAACGAUUUGUGCAAAACAAGCCAAGUUCUUUUUUGAUGCUUUGGGAAUGGAAGGUGAUUUUAAUGCAUCGUCAGGCUGGCUAACUCGAUUUAAGCAGCGCCAUGGUAUUCCAAAGGCUGCUGGUAAAGGAACAAAAUUAAAAGGAGAUGAAGCUGCUGCCACAGAAUUUUGUGGUAGCUUUCAGGAAUUUGUUGAAAAAGAGAAUCUACAACCAGAGCAAAUUUAUGGUGCUGAUCAAACUGGAUUGUUCUGGAAAUGUCUACCAUCAAGGACGUUAACUCUUGAAACUGACCAAAGUACUUCUGGGUGUAGGUCAAGCAGAGAGAGAAUCAUCAUUAUGUGUUGUGCAAAUGCAACAGGUUUACACAAACUUAAUCUUUGUGUUGUGGGGAAGGCCAAAAAGCCCCGAGCAUUCAAAGGCACUGACCUUUCAAACCUUCCUGUGACAUAUUACAGUCAAAAAGGUGCAUGGAUAGAACAGUCUGUUUUCAGACAGUGGUUUGAAAAGUAUUUUGUGCCACAGGUACAGAAGCAUUUGAAAUCCAAGGGACUUUUAGAAAAAGCAGUGCUUCUUUUGGAUUUUCCCCCAGCACGUCCAAAUGAAGAAAUGUUGAGUUCAGAUGAUGGCAGAAUAAUUGUGAAGUAUUUGCCACCAAAUGUCACAAGUCUGAUUCAACCAAUGAGCCAGGGAGUUCUAGCCACUGUAAAAAGAUACUAUCGAGCAGGACUUCUCCAGAAAUACAUGGAUGAAGGAAUUGACCCAAAAAUAUUUUGGAAGAACUUGACAGUGUUGGAUGCAAUUUAUGAAGUGUCAAGAGCUUGGAACAUGGUAAAAUCAAGUACCAUAACCAAAGCAUGGAAAAAACUUUUCCCUGGCAAUGAAGAGAAUUCAGGUAUGAACAUUGAUGAAGGAGCCAUUUUAGCAGCUAAUUUAGCAACAGUUUUACAGAACACAGAAGAAUGUGAACAUGUUGACAUUGAGAAUAUUGAUCAGUGGUUCGACUCUCGGAGCAGUGACUCAAGCUGUCAGGUGCUGACUGACAGUGAAAGUGCUGAGGACCAGACCAAGGCUGCUGAGCAAAAGCCUUCCAGUAAGAGUAGAAAAACAGAACCGAAUCCAGAGAAGCAUAUUAGCCAUAAAGCGGCACUUGAAUGGACUGAAAAUUUACUGGAUUAUCUUGAACAACAGGAUGACAUGCUUCUGUCUGAUAAAUUGGUAUUAAGGAGGCUUCGGACCAUAAUAAGAAAAAAACAGAAGAUCCAAAAUAACAAAAAUCAUUAAUAAGGCUCUUAAGUAUUUCAGUGUAUCUGCAUCUUUGUGACUAUCUAUCUGCAGUGAAACUUUGCUUGUUUGAAGUCCUGUGGAUUCCAAAGCCAAAUACAUUUUAUAAAUGAUUUUGGAAUUAGAUGUCAGUUUGGAUUACUUAAAUUACAACUCUUUAAUGUUGACUCUAGUCAUUGGGCAUUGACAUGUAACUUGUCUUUCUACUGUUUCUAAUAUCUAUUAAUUAGAUCAUAAGGUACCUGAGGCCAGGGAUCUUGUGUCUGUUGUGCCUGAAUUUGGCGUGUCUAAUAAAGGCCCAUGCACACUAUGGGCACUCAAUAAAACUUACAUUUUUAUGAUUUUUCUUUGAA